AUGGAGGUUGCAACAAUUAUGGGAACAUGCCAAGCUCAUCAUUUGUGUGGUCUCUCUGAGGAUGAAUGUUGGAUGCUAUUCAAACAAUAUGCAUUUGGAACUGUAAAAGAAGAACGUGCAGAGCUUGUAGCUAUUGGCAAAGAGAUAGUAAAGAAAUGCGGAGGAUCACCUCUUGCAGCACAAGCACUAGGAGGUCUCUUACACUCAAGGAAUGAAGAAAAAGAAUGGCUUGAAGUUAUGAAAAGUGGGAUUUGGAAUUUAGCGGGUGAAAAUUCUAUUUUUGCUGUCUUGAGAUUGAGCUACUUUCAUUUAACGCCAACAAUAAGACAGUGUUUUGCAUUUUGUGCCAUGUUUCCUAAAGAUACAGAAAUCAUGAAGGAAGAUUUAAUUCAUCUUUGGAUGGCUAAUGGGUUUAUAUCACCAAGGGAGAACUUGGAGGUGGAAGAUGUUGGCAAUAUGAUUUGGAAUGAAUUGUAUCAAAAAUCAUUCUUUCAAGAUAUGAAGUUGGUUGAUUAUUCAGAUGUUAUUCAUUUCAAGAUGCAUGAUCUUGUCCAUGAUCUUGCUCAAUCAAUAAUGGGGCAAGAGUGCAUGGUUUUGGGCAGUGCAAACAUGACAGAUUUGUCAAGAAGCACCCACCAUGUUGGUUUUGGCUCUGAUCGGGAUGUAUCCUUGCUGCACAAGCGCGCCUUGAAGAAAGUUGAAUCCUUGAGAACACUUUAUCAAUUAAAUGUGAACAGCGGAACUUCUGGUUGCUUCCCAAUACACUGCAUCACUCUACGGGUAUUGCGCUCAAGUUCUUCCAACUUAUCAUCACUCAAGAGUUUGAUUCAUUUGAGGUAUUUAGAACUUUCCGAGCUUGAGAUAGAAACCUUGCCCGACUCAAUUUAUAGCUUGCGGAAAUUGGAAAUCUUGAAGUUGAUUAAUUUGAAAAAACUUGUUUGUCUACCUAAAGACUUGACUUGCUUACAAGAACUUAGACAUCUUGUCAUUGAAAGUUGUUGUUCAUUGUCUUGUAUGUUCCCUAACAUUGGAAAAUUAUCCUAUCUGAGAACGUUAAGUAAGUACAUUGUCUCUUCAGAGAUAGGGCAUAGCCUGACAGAAUUACAUGACUUAAAACUGAGAGGAAAUUUGCGCAUUGAAGGUCUAGAAAAUGUUGGCAGUUUAUCAGAAGCUCAAGAUGCCAACUUGAUGGGUAAAAAAGACGUCCACAAAUUAGAGUUGAUAUGCGACAAGCUGUUUCACACAAAGCCAUAUGCUACUAAUCCGGAGCUAGUACUUAAUGCGCUUCAACCUCACUCAAAUCUCAAGAAUUUGAGAAUAGAAUACUAUGCUGGAUUACAAUUACCGACCUGGAUGGAAAUGCUCACCAAUUUAGUUUCUCUAAAGCUUUAUGGAUGCGAGAUGUGUGUGCGGCUUCCCUCACUUGGUAAACUACCAUAUUUAAGAAGAAUUGAAAUAAGUGAAAUGAAAGAUGUGCAGUACAUGGAUGAUGACGAAUCUUAUGAUGGUGUGGAGGUGAAAGCUUUCCCGUCAUUAGAAGAACUCUCACUAUGGCGGUGCUUAAAGUUAGAGCGGUUGUUGAAAGUGGAAAGAGGAGAGAAUUUCCCCUGUCUUUCUUGUUUGGAAAUUCAGAAAUGCCCUAAACUUGAGUUACCAUGCAUUCCAUCACUGAAAAUGCUCGAGUUAAGUAAUUAUACGAAUGAGUUACUGAGGUCACUCUCAGGUUUCAAUGGCCUUACCUCCCUUUGGCUUUACGAUGGCGAUGUAGACCUGACAUCCUUCCCGGUGGGAACAUUGACUUGUCUUCAGACUCUGUCGAUAUCUGGUUUCGAGGUAUUGAAGGAAUUACCAAAUGAAAUCUUCAAAAACCUCAACAAUUUGGAGCAUCUGAGCAUCUGGUGGAGCAGCGAGCUGGAGUCUUUACCAGAGCAAGGGUGGGAAGGUCUUCGCUCCCUUCGAACUCUGCAGAUUGUGGGAUGUGGUGAAUUGAAAUCCUUGCCGGAUGGUGUUCGACACCUCACUUCACUCCAGGUUUUGAGUAUUGGUAACUGCCCAGCAUUAGCCGAGAGGUGUAAAGAGGGAACAGGGGAGGAUUGGGACAAGAUAGCGCACGUUCCCAAAGUACAAAUUGAUUUCGAAGAGGACUCAGACUCAGACUGA